AUGGCUUCUCGUAGGCGCAUGCUUCUGAAGGUCAUUAUCCUCGGCGACAGCGGGGUGGGGAAGACAUCGCUGAUGAAUCAGUAUGUGAAUCGUAAGUUUAGUAAUCAGUACAAGGCCACAAUUGGAGCCGAUUUUCUGACCAAGGAAGUUCAGUUUGAAGAUAGGUUGUUCACGUUGCAGAUUUGGGAUACUGCUGGGCAAGAGAGGUUUCAAAGUCUUGGUGUGGCUUUCUAUCGUGGUGCAGAUUGCUGUGUUCUUGUGUAUGAUGUGAAUGUCAUGAAAUCAUUUGAAAAUCUUAACAACUGGAGGGAAGAAUUUCUGAUUCAGGCCAGUCCAUCAGACCCUGAAAACUUCCCAUUUGUCGUGUUGGGGAACAAGAUUGAUGUUGAUGGUGGAAAUAGUCGAGUGGUUUCUGAAAAGAAAGCAAAGGCCUGGUGUGCUUCCAAGGGAAACAUACCAUACUUUGAGACCUCUGCAAAAGAGGGCUUUAAUGUGGAUGAUGCCUUCCAGUGUAUAGCCAAAAAUGCACUGAAGAAUGAACCUGAAGAAGAGAUAUACCUUCCUGACACAAUUGAUGUUGCUGGUGGAGGGAGGCAGCAAAGAUCAACUGGCUGUGAAUGUUGA